GUUCAAGCAACUUCUGUUGACAUCUAACGUUUCCGGGGCCACUCACAUGCGACCGACAGUCCAUUCUACAAGGCAAUUUGGAAGAUAUCAGCUGGAGAACCAGUGUAUAGGUGAGAGCAUCAGAGACGAUGUCUCCUCCACGGCUCACAGGUGCACUGCGCUCCUUCUCCAAUGUCAGCAAAAAGGAGGACUUUCCUGAACAGCUCUAUGAUCUGAAGACCAAACGACUGAAGAGAAGGGAGCUGUUUGCCAGAGAGGGCCUAACGUGGCAGAAGAUUGUCCAUUUCUGCACCGAGCAUCAGGACAAAGCUAAGCGGCAAGCUGCCAGUCAAGAACUGAGGAGCCUCCUUCUGGCAGCCAAACAGAUUGUGGGGACUGAACAUGGUCAGGAGGCCAUUGAAAGCGCUGCUGUCUUUCUGUUUGAAACCUUCCACAACAAAGACCAUGUGGGUACAGAGGCGACCCGGGCCAUUAAACAGAUGUUUGGUCCCUUUCCGUCUUCUGCAGCUGAAGCCUCCUGUGCCUGUGUGGCUCAGCUGGUGGCUCCAUUUGGAGACUCCCGUGUUGAAGAAUUUAUCCAGGCCCAUACCUCCCGCCACGUCCCCCACCGAGUCUCCACUUUCGGACGCAACAUCGCCUUCUCGUAUGACUGCUACACACUGGACCCACUGGAGGACUUGCCCUGCACUGGCAUCCAUGAGGAGAACGUAAGCCUGGACUUCAUUAACUUCCUCAACAACCAGCAGAGCGGGAGGAAGAUCGCUGGUGAGGAAGAGGUGUCCGGCUCAGGAAGAUCUCCGAGCUCUGGAGAUGGAGCUAUCCUUAGAACAGAGGUGGAGAAGCACCUGAACGGAGGCAACAUGAUCUCAUCCAGCCCGGAGGAGCUGUGCACCUCCCUGUUUGAAAUGCUGGCCUCCCACAAGAGCAACGAUGAGCUGCAGAAUGAGCUGUUUGAGCUGCUGGGCCCGGAGGGGCUGGAGAUGAUCUCCACCCUCCUCCUGCGGAGGGCCGCCAUCGUUGACUCCCUCCUCACCAUCCCACCUGACAGGACUGGCUACCCACCAGACGUGAGCCGAAAGGUCAGCGGAGAAGUGACCAAGCCCAUCUAUGGAUGUCAGGUGACCAUACAGUCAGAGCAGGAGAAACAGAUGAUGAAGAUGUACCGCAGAGAGGAGAAGAGGGAGAGGAAGAGAGGCAAAGGAACAGAUGACAGCGACUCCUCAGAUGCUGCCAUGACCUUCGACCCCAGAGAGAUGAGAGCCCAGCGGGAGCAGGCCCUGCUGACUGCACGACGUGAACCUAUACUGAGCAGAGAAAGAGUUUAUGAACGUAUUCGAUAUCCCAAUGUCUACGACAGCUAUGCAGAGGCCGCGAAGACGCCUGCGUUUGUUGGAGGAGCUAAGAUGCUUCUACCCGAGGGAAUCCGCAGGGAGAACAGUAAGAUGUAUGAAGAGGUGGAGAUCCCACCCAACGACCCCAUGCCUAUCGGCUUUGAAGAGAAACCUGUCUACAUCUCUGAACUAGAUGAGAUCGGGCAGCUGGUGUUCAAGGGGAUGAAGCGUCUGAACAGGAUCCAGUCCAUAGUGUUUGAGACGGCCUACAACACCAACGAAAACCUUCUCAUCUGCGCGCCAACUGGCGCCGGCAAGACCAACAUCGCUAUGCUGACCGUCCUUCACGAGAUCCGCCAGCAUCUGCAGCCCGGUGGCGUCAUCAAGAAGGAUGAAUUUAAGAUAGUAUAUGUGGCUCCUAUGAAGGCCUUGGCAGCUGAGAUGACUAAUUACUUCAGUAAGCGAUUGGAGCCACUGGGCAUCACCGUUAAAGAACUCACUGGAGACAUGCAGCUAACCAAAGGAGAGAUCCUGCGAACACAGAUGUUGGUGACGACUCCAGAGAAGUGGGACGUCGUGACCAGGAAGAGUGUCGGGGAUGUGGCUCUCUCCCAGAUCGUGCGUCUCCUAAUCUUAGAUGAAGUUCACCUGCUCCAUGAAGACCGAGGACCAGUACUGGAGAGCCUGGUGGCCAGGACCAUCAGACAGGUGGAGUCCACACAGAGUAUGAUCAGGAUCCUGGGACUAUCAGCCACCCUGCCCAACUAUCUGGAUGUGGCCGCCUUCCUACACGUCAACCCCUAUAUUGGCCUCUUUUUCUUUGACAGCCGCUUCAGACCGGUGCCCCUUGGACAGACCUUUGUCGGCAUCAAAACCACCAGCAAGAUCCAGCAGCUUCAUGACAUGGAGGAAGUUUGUUACAACAAAGUUCUGGAGCAGGUGAAAGCCGGUCAUCAGGUGAUGGUGUUUGUCCACGCUCGUAAUGCCACCGUGAGGACGGCCAUGGGGCUGAUCGAGAUGGCGAAGAACCACGGAGAAACGAGCUUCUUUCAACCAGCCCAGGGUCCAGACUAUGGCCAGUGUGAGAAACAGAUCCAGCGCUCCAGAAACAAGCAGAUGAAGGAGAUGUUCCCAGAAGGCUUUGGGAUUCACCAUGCUGGCAUGCUGAGGUCUGACCGUAGCAUGAUGGAGAGCAUGUUCUCCAAAGGCCACCUUAAGGUGCUUGUCUGUACUGCCACCCUGGCCUGGGGAGUGAACCUGCCAGCUCAUGCAGUUAUCAUCAAGGGUACUCAGAUCUACGAUGCCAAGCGCGGUACCCUGGUGGAUCUGGGCAUCCUGGACGUCAUGCAGAUUUUCGGGCGCGCAGGUCGUCCCCAGUUUGACAAGUACGGUGAAGGCACCAUCAUCACCACCCAUGACAAACUGAGCCACUACCUGACUCUGCUCACCCAGCAGAACCCCAUCGAGAGUCAGUUCCUGAAUAACCUGGCCGACAACCUCAACGCUGAGGUUGCUCUGGGGACUGUCACCAAUGUGGAGGAGGCAGUGAAGUGGCUCAGUUAUACUUACCUCUAUGUUCGCAUGAGGGCCAACCCACUGGCAUACGGCAUCAACCACAAGGCCUAUCAGAUGGAUCCCUCCUUGGAGCUGUACAGGAAGGAGCUGGUGGUGGAGUCGGGCAGAAAGCUGGAUAAGGCCAGGAUGAUCCGCUUUGAGGAGCGCACCGGCUACUUUGCCUCCACUGACCUGGGCAGGACCGCCAGCCACUUCUACAUCAGAUACAACACCAUAGAGACUUUCAAUGAAAACUUCAACUCUCAGCGAACAGAAGCCGACAUCCUCGGUAUUUUGUCCAAGGCGGAAGAGUUUGAACAGCUUAAGGUUCGUGAUGAGGAGAUGGAGGAGCUGGAGCAGUUGCUGUGUAACUACUGUGAGCUGCCGGCCGCGGGCGGCGUGGAGAACGGCUACGGCAAGAUCAACAUACUGCUUCAGACGUACAUCAGCCGUGGAGAGGUGGACAGCUUCUCCCUCAUCUCAGACCUGUCGUAUGUGGCACAGAAUGCUGCUCGGAUCAUCAGGGCUUUGUUUGAGAUUGCUCUGAGGAAGCGGUGGCCGGCCAUGACCUACCGACUGCUCACCCUCUGCAAGGUGAUUGACAAGCGGUUGUGGGGCUUUGCCCACCCUCUCCGCCAGUUCCCCAGCCUGAGCCACGUUGUACUGAACCGCUUGGAGGAGAAGAAGCUCACUGUGGACAAACUGAAGGAAAUGAGGAAGGAUGAGAUCGGUCACAUGCUGCACCAUGUCAACAUCGGGUUAACAGUCAAACAGUGCGUCCACCAGAUCCCCUCCAUCACAAUGGAGGCCAGCAUCCAGCCAAUCACGCGCACCGUCCUACGUGUUCGUCUCGUCAUCACGCCUGACUUUCGCUGGAACGACCAGGUCCACGGGUCAGUGGGGGAGCCAUGGUGGUUAUGGGUGGAGGAUCCAAUCAAUGAUCACAUCUACCACUCGGAGUACUUGCUCCUGCAGAAGAAACAGGUGGUAACAGGAGAGCCUCAGAACAUAGUGUUCACCAUCCCCAUCUUUGAGCCGUUGCCUUCCCAGUACUACAUCAAGGCAGUGUCGGACCGCUGGCUUGGGGCCGAGGCCGUCUGCAUCAUUAACUUCCAGAACCUCAUCUUACCCGAGAGACACCCCCCACACACAGAGCUGCUGGACCUGCAGCCGCUGCCGGUGACAGCUCUGGGUAACAGGGAGUACGAGAGCCUGUACAAGUUCACCCACUUCAACCCCAUCCAGACUCAGAUCUUUCACACGCUGUAUCACACCGACACUAACGUCCUGCUGGGGGCGCCAACAGGCUCUGGAAAAACCAUUGCAGCGGAGAUGGCCAUGUUCCGGGUCUUUAACAAGUAUCCGACCAAUAAGGUGGUGUAUAUCGCUCCCCUGAAAGCCCUGGUCAGAGAGAGGGUUGAGGACUGGAAGGUCAGAAUUGAGGAGAAGCUGGGAAAGAAAGUGGUGGAACUGACGGGCGACGUGACUCCAGACAUGAGAGCUAUAGCGCAGGCUGACCUCAUCGUCACCACACCAGAGAAGUGGGAUGGAGUGAGCAGAAGCUGGCAGAACCGAAGCUACGUUCAGAAAGUAGCCAUUCUCAUCAUAGAUGAGAUCCACCUGCUGGGUGAGGACAGGGGUCCAGUGUUGGAAGUCAUUGUGUCCAGGACCAACUUCAUCUCCUCCCACACUUCUAAGAGUGUCCGUGUAGUCGGUCUGUCCACGGCCCUGGCCAACGCUCGAGACCUUGCUGACUGGCUGGGGAUCGGACAGGUGGGUUUGUUUAACUUCCGUCCGUCUGUUCGCCCUGUACCGCUGGAAGUUCACAUCCAUGGUUUCCCAGGACAACACUACUGCCCCCGCAUGGCCAGCAUGAACAAGCCGACCUUCCAAGCGAUACGCAGCCACUCCCCGGCCAAGCCAGUUCUGAUUUUUGUGUCAUCACGACGGCAAACCCGGCUGACCGCCCUGGACCUCAUCGCCUACCUGGCCACAGAGGACAACCCCAAACAGUGGCUGCACCAGGACGAGAGAGAGAUAGAGGAUAUCAUCGGCACAGUACGGGAUUCCAACCUGAAGCUAACACUGGCCUUUGGGAUUGGCAUGCAUCACGCAGGCUUGCAUGAGAGAGACAGAAAGACUGUGGAGGAGCUGUUUGUCAACUGUAAGAUCCAGGUUUUGAUUGCCACCAGUACUCUGGCCUGGGGGGUGAACUUCCCCGCUCACCUGGUGGUCGUCAAGGGAACUGAAUACUACGAUGGCAAAUCCAGGCGCUAUGUGGACUACCCCAUUACAGAUGUUCUGCAGAUGAUGGGGCGAGCAGGUCGGCCUCAGUUUGAUGACCAGGGCAAAGCGGUCAUCCUUGUCCACGACAUCAAGAAGGACUUCUACAAGAAGUUCCUCUACGAGCCUUUCCCCGUUGAGUCCAGCCUCCUCAGUGUGUUGUCAGACCAUCUGAACGCUGAGAUUGCUGCAGGAACCAUCUCAUCCAAACAGGAUGCGAUGGACUACAUCACCUGGACGUACUUCUUCAGACGGCUGGUGAUGAACCCCAGUUAUUACAGCCUAGAAGACAUCAGCCACGAGUCCAUUAACAAAUACCUGUCCAACCUGGUGGAGAGAAGCCUGCGAGACUUGGAGUGCUCUUACUGCAUAGAAAUAAAAGAGGAUGACCGGACUAUUGAGCCACUGACUUAUGGUCGCAUCGCGUCCUAUUACUACCUGAAGCAUCCGACUGUUCGCAUGUUUAAAGAACGGCUGAGGGCUGAGCUGCCCGUCCAAGAGCUGCUCUCCGUUCUGACAGAUGCAGAGGAGUACGCGGAGCUGCCAGUCAGACACAACGAGGACCAGCUGAACAGCCAGCUCGCUCAGCAGCUCCCGCUGCAGGUCAAUCCCCACUCCUAUGACAGCGCCCACACCAAGGCCCACCUGCUGCUGCAGGCCCACUUCAGCCACGCCCAGCUGCCGUGCAGCGACUACACCACCGAUACCAAGACGGUGCUGGACAACGCUAUCCGAAUCUGUCAGGCAAUGCUAGACUUCGCUGCCAAUGAAGGUUGGCUAGUUACAGCCAUCAGUAUAUGCAACCUGGUGCAGAUGAUCGUCCAGGGCCGCUGGCUGCACGACUCCUCAUUACUGACGCUGCCACAUGUAGAACAUCAAGACCUCCAUCUGUUCAGGAAAUGGACAAACAGGAAGGGAAGAAGCAGUGUGGGAGGUUUCAACGGGCCAAUCGAAGGACUUCCUGAGCUGAUUGCUGUUUGCAAUGGAAAGGAAAGCGUUUUCGCUGCUAUCGUCAGCCAGGAGUUUCAAUCAAGUCACAUUGCCCAGGCAUGGUCCUUCCUGAGUCAUCUCCCCGUGCUGGAGGUUGAGAUGAGUGUGAAGGGCUGGUGGGAGGACAGCCAGGAGCAGACGGAGCGUCCCCUGCCUGUAGCAGGACCUAACCUGAGGGAGGAGAGCAGCUGGCUGGAUGUCCACGCUGACCAGGAGUACGUCCUACAGGUGUCACUGAGACGCAUCAACCUGGGCCAGCAGAGGAGGAAGCAGGACAGUAAGGCCCAGGCUCCCAGGUUUCCCAAGGUGAAGGAUGAAGGCUGGUUCCUAGUCCUGGGAGAGGUGGAUCACAGGGAGCUGCUGGCUGUCAAACGGACCGGAUACGUGCGCAACCACACAGCUGUGUCUGUGGCCUUCUACACACCGGAGAAGACUGGAAAGUGUAUCUACACGCUGUACCUGAUGAGCGACAGCUACCUGGGUCUGGACCAGCAGUACGAGAUCCACCUGAAUGUAAAGCCUGCCAGCAUCGCUGCUCAGGUCAACACAGAAGUGUCACUUAGUGACUGACCUGUCCCUCAGCUCGGGAACAGAGGAAGCCACCGUCAGCGGCAGUAACACAGUUCCAAGGAUGCCUGCAGUGAUCAGCAGCUGAGUGGGACGAAUCUGAAACACAGGGACUGUGUCCGAGGAGGUCUUCCUCACGCUGUUAGGUGUCGCUGAUCUCUGAUGAUCAGUGCAUUCCCGUCAUCAUUUUGCAAUGACGAGUUUACUAUUUUGCUGCACCCACUUUGCAUCAGCUGAUCUGCUUCAGUUACAUAGAAGAUAACAUAUGUAAUGUGACUGCAGUGCAUUCUGGUCUGUUGAACCUGCUGUUAGAGAAAAAGGUACAUUAGGUCUAGAAGUAUCUCCUGUGAUUCUUUCAAACUGAAAUAAAUAUGAUCUUCAUUUAGUUACUUGCUUUAGUUAAACAGAUUUCAUGUUUUCAAUUAAUGGAUUUACCUCAAAGCCAUCAGUCAUCGAUCCUUCUGUAACGUCACUGAUGGACAGUAGUUAUGUCCCAUUUUCAGAAGGUGUCUCCUUUAAAGUCUAGAACAAAUAUGUAAAAACAGAGCAGUGAGGCUGUCCUGUUCCCUUUGUGCCUCUGAAAUAAAGUUUUCCCCCCUCGUGAUCUGAAAAUCCUGAUAUUCAGAUGAACUAGGUCGAUUCGAUCAUCCAACAAGCAUGAAGCAUGCCGAGGCCUUACAUUUGGGUACUGUCGGAAAUGAUGCUUUGUUGAAUUAGUCCAGUCCUCCAAAGACCCCACUUUCAGAAGCCAUGUUGAAGGAGGCAGCCCUGAAAUGGGACAGAGCCUCUGCCAGUGGAGCAUUCACUGCCAUUUUGAAUGCCACUGUAGUUUGUCUGGGCAAACUGGGCUCCACAACAUUUACUCAAAAAAAUCAAUUCCAGUCAACAUCCACGAUGUGACAGAGGCUGCUACAGAGUUAUGGAACCGUGUCCCCCGUUACCCUUUCAUAGGCCGAGGAGAAUGGUGUCUCUCUUGGGCAAUAGAAUCAACCAACGUUCACUAUAUUCACACAGCGUUUCCACCCUGGCGCGUUCAAUUCAUAAACUUCUAUUGCAGUCACUUUCACUAGCAUAACCUAGGCUGUAAUAUUGCUGGAUAUUGUGUCAGGAGAAUAUAUAUCAACCAGUGAGAUGUGGUCAGAACGCGACAUGCUUUACAGAUUCAGCCUGGUGCUGAUUUGUGCUUUACCUGACCAAAGAUGUAGAUAACAGGUGAACUUAUGUUCUAGGGUUUGUUUGUUUUUUUAAAGACAGGAGGAAAUAAAAUAGACCCCCACAGACACUCUAUCCAACUUAUAACAACCACUGUGGCUUGUUGGGUUCAGGGUUAACUGCUGCAUGGAGUCUGCGGUUCUUGUGACACAAUAUUUAAAAAAUAGCUUUGGUGUAUUGAAUUGAUUUAGAAUUAGUUGUUAGUUUAGAAAAUCUUAAUUGAGACAUUGAUCCAAAGAUAAAACACACAUCAUUUUGGUUUUGCAGUUUUGUGUCAUACGGGAAAAAACUGAUUGUUUCCUCUCUGAGCGUGAACCUAGGAUGUUGGGUGGCCUGGGCCAUAGCAAGGUAUCGCCAGUCUUCAGUAGAGCAGGUACCAUUACAACACAGUCAUGGAGUACAGUAUAAUGUGUUUCAUUAGUAAUAAAUCACUGAAUCAAAGUACUAUAGAAAGUACAGUUUAGUUGGUAUUGCUAAAUGCAGUUGAGUAAUGGAUGUCCAACAAUUAAGUUAAAUUUACACAAGUGAGUUAAGUCAGUAUAAUGAAAUAUCUUUAUGUUGGCAUUAAUCAUCACAGUUAAGUAAAGCUAAACAAACAGGAUUUUGUUGAAAUGAUGUUGCUUCAGUUUAGUUAACUGGACGCUGACCUAUUAAUUAAAUCCAAGUUGACCAGAUAAUGUUGGAAUUGCCUAAAACAUCAUGUUGGUUGCACAUAAGUCAGUUCUCGGCAUCAUAAUAAUACUAUUUAAUUAUAUCUAACUCAACUCAGUUUGGUGGAAAUUGUUGACAGAACUGGAUUAAAAAAGUCCCAACAAAUUAUUUUUUUGAGUGCAGUGUCUUGCCUGUAAAGGGUUACGCCAACAGAUGACCACAUACAGUGCCUUAGCAACAUACUGAUGGACUCUAAUUCCAUCCAUCGUCAACCGCUUAUCCUGCGUACAGGGUCGCAUCUAGGCCGCAUGAUUUUGGAGGGUUAGGAGGAACCGGAGAGAACCCACGCAGACACGGGGAGAUUAAUUCCAACUACACCUAAUCGAUGGUAUUUAAUUGAUGAAAGUAAGUCUGAUAUUCCCCCUCCUUUUAGCUCUGUUUUUGGUCUCCUCUGGCUCCUGAGGGAAAUCACAUUAUUUUCACAGCGUCAUUUGGUACAUUUUUAAUAAAGAAAUCAUAGCUUUAACAUCGGCGCAGAUUGUGUUCGUCGACUCACAGCCGUCGUGCACUUCAACCCUGUUGUUUAAAGUUUUUCUCAAUUGCUUAAACACAUUUCUUAAAAUGAUGUCGCUUUUUAUUAAAGCUCUAAACACAAAUCCACAACUUCUCACCCAAUUCCCCAAACAUCCUAUUUUCAGGUCAAAAUGAAGCUCUGCACUCAAAACCAUUCAAUCUUUGCCCUCUGACAAAACACACAGCUCCUGAAAAACACACACUACAACACAGUUUUACACACUGGUGAGGAAAAAAUCAAAACAAUACUACAAAAACUGGUUGUUAGUAAUGUUGCGUGUGGUUCUCCCCCUCAAAAACUUUUUCACAUUAUGAACACAGAAGAAAUAACCUCCUCCUCUCUGGUGUCCUCUUCCUUCAGAUUUAUCUGGAUUCAUUGUUCCUACACUGAAUGAACUGACUCCGGCCCUUUUUAUCAAUCUAUUGAAGCUUCUGAUUGGUGUGUUAUUAAUUACGACUGUUUGUGUUUCCACCUGGGUAGCUGUGUGCUAACUGGGCUCAAACUGUGCUGAACAAUAUUGAAUGUCAGCGCUUUCUCAAUGACCGCAGGGGUUAAGUUAGUUUCACAGCUGUUACCUUCAAUGGCUUCGUCUUAAAGCCUCGAUGUCUUCCAGUUUAGAGAUAUGUUGAAGAGCUAAUUAAGGCAGUUUGAUCACCUGAAAAUCACCAAAGAUGGCGAUGCACUUUGCAGCACUACGAAAUGAAUGUCCGUCCGCCACGCCUGUCACGGUAACAGCGUUAGGGGCCGUCUUAAAAGUGCAAUACAAUCCAUUUCAAUCAUCAAUAACUUUUUUUGUUUUUAAACACACAAUUUCAAACCACUGCCAAUAUAGAUAGUGACCACCUUUAAACAAUUCACACCUGUGAGUUUGUAAAGAAAAGUUCCGAAAAACAAGUAUUAUUAAUUAAAUAUGCACAGUUCCAAGGUUGUAAUUUCAAGAGCCUGCUCAUUUAUGAAUAUUGACAUCAGAUCACCUCUCAUCUGUCCUGGACGUUCUUUCACAACUUUCACAGCUGUAAGUUGUUUUUUGUAAUGGUUGAAUGUUUUUAUUAAAUGUUGAGAAUCGUGGAAUUUUACUGUUAUCGGGAUCAACUUCUACAUUUUUGGUAUCGUGACAUCCCUAAACAGUUGAAGUCUGACGUUUACACACAAUAUAUUCAAACUUAGCUUUUUGUAUUUCUUGACAUUUAAUCCUAGUAAACAUUCCCUGUCUUAGGUCAGUGAGGAUCACUACUUUAAUUUAAUAAUGUGAAUUGUCAGAAUAACAGUAGAACAGAGUUCUGUCUGUAGGCCUCGCACACACUUAGGUUUGCCCACAAAUUUUCAAUUGGAUUGAUGUAGGGCUGGGCGAUACGUCCAAAAAUGUUAUCACGAUAAAAAAUUUCAUAUCGUUCUAUAUCAAUAAUUAUCAGGAUAAAUGUCUAAUCAUUAUUUCUUUUAAGUUCAAAGGCUGAUUUUUGCUCCUGUGUGAAAGUUGAGGAAACCAGAAGGUUUAUUGUGGUUUUUCUUUAUGGUCAGAACAAUUAUGAUAAAAUCUUUUUUCAGUCCCUUUUCCUCAACAAAUAAAAUAUCUUAAUAGA